AUGGCGCUUGCGAGAGAGGCAAUGCCCAGCCGCGUCUCGGAACUACCUGCAACGGCUGUGUCAGAGCUCCUCGAUGCACCACCAGGGUUGACGAAGCAAUCUUGCGAGUUCAAGGUUGCCUUGGCUGAAGCUUGCAAGCCUCCCACUGGCCGUCCAGCAGCACAUUCGGAAGCCGACACCAUCAGCACGGCCUCCGGAAGUGAAGAUGUCUUGGAUCAUGACUUGCCUGGCGACAACCAAGUGGGAAAUGACUGGCAUAACUACAGCACGGAGGGCGUUCCGCAGCAGCCGUUUGCCGAUCCAUACGCGAACUGCUGGCAAAGGAUGACGGUGCCUUUGAGCGAUCAUGUUGUUGGCCUUCUCUCCUCACGAAGGGGGAAGCAACGCUUGUCGGUGCUGCAAAAGCAAAGCGGAGCCCAUGCAAGACUCAACCUGGAGUGGCGUGCUUUGCACCUGUGCGGCACACAUCAGGCCAUCCUGAACGCCAUGGUCUUGAUGGAGUUGAUGGAAGGCUUCACCGUGAAUUUGCCCAUGCCGUUGUGGACAGAACUCCUUCGUUGCAGAAACCUUGGCUCCCACGAAGCUCCGCUGUCUUUGGCACGGGUUCAGGAAUUUCUGAGCCGGCGGAUUCACGUCGAGCGCGAGAGCUUCGAACUUCGCGUCUUCGCCCCGCUGGCCGAAAGAGCAGCAACCAUCGGGAAAGUACAGCUGCUCGCGUCUCUUUGCACCAAGCAGACGGUCGAGCUGCCGGCUGAUUGCAACUGGAACAUCAUCAAGGAGAUGCAGGCGUCGGAGAAAGUCACCAUGAAGUUGGAGGGGAGCAGAGUGGAGUUGAUAGGCAUCGUGUCGGCCGUGCAGCAAGCUGCAGAAGAUCUGAAACGAGGAGUUCGUUCUGAAGAGCCCAGACCAACAUUUCUGAGGGAGCCCCCUGGUUUGACGCACCCGGGGGAAGCCCAGCAGUGGCUUGCCAUCUAA